AUGUUCCAUUUGCUUCACUGUUGCCUGAAAGCAACACAUAAGCAAGACUCAAGAUGGUCAUUAGUUGUUUGCAUUUCUGCAACUUUUACACAAAUCAUAAAUAUUGGCAUCUUACGGAGCUCUGGAGUCUUGUUUCCAGUGUUAAUGCAAGAGUUUGGAACAACUCGUGAGAGAACAGGCAAGUUGCAGAUCAAUAGUCUUCAUCACAGAAAUAAUAAUAAUAAUACAGUCGAACCUGCAUUAAGCGGCCACCCUCGGGGAAUGGCUAAGUGACCGCUUAAUACAGGGUGACGGCCUAAUACAGGUUGCAAGAAAUACAGUUCAAAGAAUUAGAUCUCCAGUGCUGAUCAGAACAGAUGCUUGUCCUCAAAUAGAAAUAUUCAUUUCUGGUGUUUUAAGGAUUUGCGAAAAUAAACAAGGAAAUCAAUAAUGUUUUACCUGGUGUGUUCAUUAUUUGAAACUGUAUGAACGCCAUGUGACCGUUUAAUACAGCUUAAGACAAUAGAAAAAGUUUUGUUUGGACUUCGCAAAUGGUGACCGCGACAGCUUAAUACAGGUCGAAAUUACAGUACAUCAAGUAAUUUCCGGGACUCAAUUUGAAAACUGACCGCUUAAUACAGGGUGACCGUUUAAUACAGUGCCGCUUAGUACAGGUUCACAAAUUUGUAUUAAAAUAAGUGCCUAGGAUUAAUUCUUCUUUGCAUUGCCAGCUUAUGGGAGCUUAGAAAUAAACAGAAAAAUAAAAAUAGUUAUUUUAACCCUUGCCUGUGUGUCUGCAGUCAUUAACAAUGGAAUGGCAUGCCCUUACUGGAAUGAGACUAAUAGAUUAAGUUUGUUUGAGACUUCAAACAAGAUUUUGCUAAGCUUGCAGUCAUCAGUAGCGCUGUGCAUAUUGUGAGAGCUUUUGACUGUGCCAUAUUUUUUAGAAACUUAAUUUAUAACUGAGCAUGAUUUUCUCAUGAUUUUCAUUGCAGCGUGGGUGAGUUCUCUUGCCUUAUCAACAUCACUGUUGGCAGCACCAUUGCUAGGACACCUUAGUGAAAAGUUUGGAUGUCGACUGGUUGCCAUCAGUGGAGCGCUGACUAUUAUGAUGGGGCUUGUAACCUCAUCAUUUGUACAAAACUUGGAAUUGUUAUACUUCACCUAUGGUGCUCUUACGGGAUUGGGCGCUUGUGCUUGUCGCACCUCAGCAUUUCUUGUAGUUGCCAUGUACUUUAACAAAAAGCGCUCUUUUGCUACGGGGAGUGUUACAAUGGGGCCUUCAUUAGGAAUGUUUAUGUGGGGCCCUAUUGCACAGGUUCUUCUUGAUUCAGUUGGUUGGAGAAAUACUUUUAGGAUCAUGGCAGCAUGCUGCUGUCUGAUUAUUAUUGCUGCUGUAACUUAUAAUCCUAAUGUGGAAGAGAAAGACAAAAUAUUAGAGAAAGUUGAAAGUGGAAAGGAAAAACAUGAACUAGACAAUAAGGUACACGGUGCAAUGCUUCAAACCAAGAAGGAAAAAGGAAAAAUUGUUGAUUUAUCUGUGUUCAUGAUACCUCAGUACUGUAUACUGGUGGCGUCAUUUACAUUGAUGUUCCUGUGUCGCUUUAUUCCUAAUAUUCAUUUGGUAAGUCAUAUUCAUUGUUACUUUAUGGUAUUAUACCAUAUAAUGACAAGGGUAGUACUCAGAUACUCCCUUAGCUUCCCAACAGAGUGUACCAGUUUCAUAAAGUAUUUUUGAUGUAAUAUAUCAAGGCUGGAUGAUAUGCUGUGUUUCAUCACCAGAUGAGUUUGAGAAGUUCUCUUUGCAACCACUCUAUGAAGUUAACAGCUCUAGUUAUGACCAGCAUGUGAAACCCCAGCCAGUUACCCUCAAUGGCUUGAGUUCUGUAAUGGAAAGCUGUCGUAACUGACUGUAGAAAUUACUUUUUGUUGAAUGAAAGCAUUUCUUAACUUCUUGAUCAAAUUUAGGGUUCCAUAAUACAUAUUAGCACUAACUAGUGUUUCGUUAACUUUGCAAAAUGAAUUAAUAAAAUCAGAUCUUUUUGAUAUCAUUUUUCCUGUCAUAAAUGUAUGGUAAACAAAUGCCAUAAGCUUUUGCUGAAAGCCCUUGCAAGUGACCAGCCUCAGUAAGUUUAUCUUCUGGUCACUUAAGAAAGCCCAUGAUCAGCUGUGUAGUUGGGACCACUAUUGGAUUCCCGAGGCAGUCACUUACAAUAGGGAGCUUUCAUUGAAAGUAUAUUCAAUCAAGUCCCAUGACUGAACUGCAACAUACAUGCAAUGCAGGUAUGAUAAAGGGUGUAAAUGGUAACUCUUUUUGGCUCUAAUAAUAGUAAUAUUAUAUUUCAGUCCCAAAGCAGUUAAUUUUAAAUUUCUUUAGCAAAUCCUCCAGUCUGUAUUUGAUGUUUCUGGACCCAUCCAAUCCAACUUCCAUAUUCUAAUCCACCCAUUAAUUAUAGGCACACGAUUCUGUCAUUCUUUUUUCUGUUCCCUUAAUGGCAUGUUAAAAGUUUUAUGUUUCUCCUAAAUCUGUGGUUUUUCAGGUUAAGUACAGUGAAGAGCUUAACAUCACAGCCGAGAAAGCAUCCAAGUAUUACAUGUUUUUAGGCUUAUCAUCUGCGGUAGGGAGACUAUUAUCUGGAAGACUGUGUGACGUCAAAUGCAUCAACAUACAAUAUGUAAACCAACUGGCAAUUGCAAUUACAGGCGUGGCUACUGUGCUACUACCACUGGCCAGAACUUUUGUUUCUGUUGCAUUUUACACUGUGGUUUUUGGGUUUGCUGAUGGAACAUUUAUGACAACACAAAAUGUAAUUCUUCUUGGUAUUGUUGGUCCUGAAAGAAGAGCAACAGCCUUUGGUUUUGGAAAUAUGUUGUGUGCCUUUGCAGUGGCAUCUGGUCCCCCUUUAGCUGGUGAGUGAUUACCCCAGGGUGUUCCGCAGGGGUAUAGAGAGAAAAGGGCAAACACAAUAGUAAAAUAGCGACAGUGACAUGGCUUCCUCCUCAAGAGACAUGAAACAACAGGUUUUGAAAUUCAGACUAGGGACAUAUGUACCCCCCCACCCACCCACCCACCCUAAGAGGACCUCAUUGAAGUGUCAAUGUAUUGAGCACAAAAGUACUAGUUGAGGACACUAUUGUGAUGUCUCCUUUUGGAGAUGGGACCACCUUUUUUAUGUGGUCAUCCAUGCCAUGCAAAGGUCCAGUAAUUUGCAGUGCAAAGGUAGUACCUUCAUUUCUCGCUUAUUUUGAUACUUUGAGUAUUGAUCCAGCCCUGGGAAUUGAACCCACAACCUCUUGCUCUGCAAUCAAGCACUCUACUGACUGAGCUAAUCCUCCUGAACAAAGGGUACACAACUGUAUUUAAUAAUUAAUUUUUCUAGGUGAAGAAACAUUGUAUUUUAUCUGAGAUUUUGAACCUUAGGUUGGCUGCAAAGUAGCAAUCUAAGACUUCUAUACUUUUUUUCACCAGGGCUUAUAGCAGAUAAACUAGGUUCAUAUCAGUUUGCCUUCUAUGCAGCUGGGUCAUUGAUUCUCAUCAGUGGAGCUGUACAGUUUCUUCUUCUUUGCUUCAAGUCAACUGCUAAAGGUAAACAAACACAAAGGCAGCUUGUAACCAUGGUAACNUGGGAAUUGAACCCACAACCUCUUGCUCUGCAAUCAAGCACUCUACUGACUGAGCUAAUCCUCCUGAACAAAGGGUACACAACUGUAUUUAAUAAUUAAUUUUUCUAGGUGAAGAAACAUUGUAUUUUAUCUGAGAUUUUGAACCUUAGGUUGGCUGCAAAGUAGCAAUCUAAGACUUCUAUACUUUUUUUCACCAGGGCUUAUAGCAGAUAAACUAGGUUCAUAUCAGUUUGCCUUCUAUGCAGCUGGGUCAUUGAUUCUCAUCAGUGGAGCUGUACAGUUUCUUCUUCUUUGCUUCAAGUCAACUGCUAAAGGUAAACAAACACAAAGGCAGCUUGUAACCAUGGUAACUUCAGAGAAGCUUGGGAAGAUGACGGGCGAGUGCACAGAUGAUAAGGAAUAUUUAGCAAGUCUUUAUGUGCAGUCUGCACUAGAAAAAAACAAUGGAAAGACUCCUUUAAUUCAAGCUUUUAAUUAG